ACUGUAUUGAUAUCUAGAAAACGAUCGAUGGUCUCAUACUAGUUUGCUUCCCCCAAUGUUCGUUAGAGCAAAUUAAAAAUAAACAAACAAACCACCACAUACCACUUUCUGUGGGCAAAUGGCGGAUGAUUCUGAAGACGAAAACGGAGGAACAAAGAUUGUAACUAAUCAACCGUAUGACGAAUCUCUUGAAGUGCCGGACGCAGAAGAAGUAGCUUCAAAUUAUACCCCUAGUCCAAGAGUUCCUGCAGGCUUCCCAGCUGGUAGCGGGAACAGCUUGAGAGGUCACGACAACAUGACUGACAACAGUGAUGAUGAUUUUGAAGAAGGGCAGAUGGAGAACAAGCCACUCAACAAACCAAGGCAACAGAUCCCACCAAAGCAACGUCAAGUAUCUGAAGAUGAUGACGAUGACGACGACGAUGAUGAUGACGACGACGACGAUGAUUCAGGAUCUGAUUCUUCAGAUGAUGAUGAUGAUGACCAUCACGUGGCAUUAGAAGGUGCAUAUGACCCAGCAGAGUAUGAAAAUCUACCAGUGAGUGAGGAAAUCAAGGACCUGUUUCAGUAUAUCACAAGGUACACUCCACAGUCUAUUGAGCUGGACCAUAAGAUGAAGCCCUUCAUUCCCGACUACAUACCAGCAGUUGGCGAUAUUGAUGCAUUUAUUAAGAUUUCUAGGCCCGAUAACAAGCCGGAUACCUUAGGUUUAUCAGUGUUGGAUGAGCCUUGUGCGAAACAGUCUGACCCCACAGUCCUAGACCUGCAGCUGCGUGCAAUCUCAAAGCAGACGACGACAAAAUCCAUGCAAGUGAGAAGCAUUGAGAAUGCCGAUAAAAACCCAAAACAAAUCAAGAACUGGAUAGAAAGUAUUAGUGAUCUACACCGCUCAAAACCACCACCCACUGUUCAUUAUAACAAGACAAUGCCAGAUAUUGAGAUGUUGAUGCAGGAAUGGCCGCCAGAAUUUGAAGACCUUCUCAAUAAAGUUGGAUUACCGACCGCAGAUAUUGAUUGUUCAUUAGACCAAUAUGUAGAAAUGAUUUGUGGAAUUCUUGAUAUUCCAAUUUAUCAGAGUAAAAUACAAGCAUUGCAUGUACUGUUCACGCUCUACUCUGAGUUUAAGAAUUCUCAGCAUUUCCGUACAUUGGCUGAGGAGAAUAAACUAGACAACGCCCUCAAGGAGAAGCCAGAUGAGCACGAUUAUAGCCAAGACUUUCCAGAUGCUGAUAGGCUCACUCUGUGAACCCAGGUGCUCAAAGAGAUGAGAGGCAUAAUUAGAGCAAAGAAUAUCCAGACACUGUAGACUUGCACUGGGAAUUAUAUGCCUCUGUGACAGACAUAUGUUUUGACAAGGAUUAUGUAACCAUUGCAGACAUUCCCUGUGAUCACAUCCCUCAAGCAGGCAUGAUAAUUUCCUAUAAUUUCCCAGUCUAUAUCAAUGCUCAUAUUUUAUUAUAUAAUUAUAUUAAUAUUGUUUGAUAAUAAUAAAUUUGUAACUUGAUGUCUUUAAAUGAAACUGUAACAAUAAUUUAUUUGACUUGUUUUAGAAAUGCUGAAAACAACAUGAAAUCAAACCUAGAAUAAGAUUACCGAAAAUAUUUUUUGUAUAUGAAAUAUUUUGUGGAAUCAUACAACUUCAGAAAUUUCCUCGACAUUCUAACACCUUGAGUUCCUGCAAAAAUUAACAAAUUGCAGCGUGUCAAACAAUUUUUCAAUGCCCUUUUGUAAAUGCCCAUAAUGUAAAUUGUAUAAAUCCAUAGAAUUCUUUUUGUACAGUACAAUAUCUCACUACACUCUAUUCCACUAUGUUGCUUUGUUUGGUUGCUAUGGCAAGUAACCUUUCUGCUAAGCCCCUCCCCUUGGAUAUUGUUGCUAAGGUCCCACAAAACGAGUGUUAAAACAUUCGCAUACACGUGCGUUUGUGGGACGCGCGCACAUUCCUAGCCAUGUUCUGAUUUGUCAAUUGUUAAGUUUGAUUGACACUCGGGUGUUUAUUUUCUGUAUAAAUUUGUAUAAUUAGCACAAUGUGAUAAUAAAGAAAGACAAUGCCAA